CCGCCCCCAGCCGUCCGCGCGCUGCUCGCGCCCGCGGAACUGCGGCUGCGGUUCGUAGCGGAUUCGGGGUCUGCUUGGCUUGAAUGACCUGGAAGGGUAUCCAAGCUGGUUGAUUUGUAGACAUGUCAGCGUCGAUUAAAGAAAGCCUUCAGCUUCAGCUGCUGGAGAUGGAAAUGCUGUUUUCUAUGUUUCCUAACCAAGGAGAAGUAAAACUUGAAGAUGUAAACGCCCUAACGAAUGUAAAGAGGUAUCUGGAAGGCACUAGGGAGGCACUCCCACACAAAAUCGAAUUUGUGAUCACGCUCCAAAUUGAGGAGCCCAAGGUGACAAUUGAUUUGCAAGUAACCAUGCCGCACAGCUACCCAUACGUGGCUUUACAGCUGUUUGGACGGUCCCCUGAGCUUGACAGACAACAGCAGCUUCUUCUCAACCAAGGUCUCACUGCUUAUAUGGGGACUUUUGAUCCCGGUGAGUUGUGUGUCUGUGCAGCAAUCCAGUGGCUGCAGGACAACAGCGCAUCCUACUUCCUCAACAGAAAGCUGUCGGAUGAGCCGUCCACACAAGCAAAGCCAGUCAAGAACACAUUCCUCCGAAUGUGGAUCUACAGCCACCACAUAUAUCAGCAGGACUUAAGGAAAAAGAUUUUGGAAGUGGGGAAAAGGUUAGAUGUCACUGGAUUUUGCAUGACAGGAAAGCCUGGUAUAAUCUGUGUGGAGGGCUUCAAGGAUCACUGUGAGGAAUUCUGGCACACGAUCAGAUACCCCAACUGGAAGCAUAUUUCCUGCAAGCAUGCUGAGAGCAUGGAGACAGAGGGGAAUGGUGAAGACCUGCGCCUCUUCCAGUCUUUUGAAGAAUUACUCCUUGAGGCCCAUGGUGACUAUGGACUGAGGAAUGAUUAUCACAUGAACCUGGGCCAGUUCCUAGAGUUUCUCAGGAAACACAAAAGUGAGCAUGUCUUUCAGAUACUAUUUGGUAUUGAAAGCAAAAGUUCAGAGUCCUAGGACUCUAUGAAAAUGUCUGUGCUUGUAACUGUACUAUUUAUGUUAAUAAGACCAAAAUAAAAAGGCCAAUGGCUAUGUAGAA